AUGAAUGAACCUUUAGAAAAGUCACAUUUACAAAUGAACUCCUGUUCAAUCUCCACAGAAGCAUUUCAAACAUCUGUUGCUGAGCGUGAGGCUUUAGCUGCUGCAGCAAACUUAACUUUAUUACCGGAUGAACCUCCUAAUCGACUUAUUAAUGUGGUAGGUCAGGCUUUACGUCAUGGAAAAACAGUUGUGUAUGAAGUAAUGAGAACUGCUGCUAGACAGCCUGAUGGCGAAUUAAUACCUGUUGGUGGGUUAGGGACAACUGCUAGUUCUACUAAUUUGACUACUCUUCAAACCAAUUCACAAAUUGAUGGAGACUUAAAAAAUCAUCAGGAAGGUAAGCGUUGUUAAAUCUUUUUAUCAGUCAUAUCUCAUCCUUCAGUACAAAGC